AUGUCGGUGCACGGGCUGCCAACGGAGAAGAUGAGCCCCGUCGAAGAAGUGAUGCUGAUUUUCCUCUACGGCUACCUCCCCUCGCCGCCCGUCUCCACAUCCCCGUCCCUCUGCUGCGCCGCCGCCGCCGACGACAAGAACGACCACGUCAGCCGCCUCCCCGAUAAUCUCCUCCGCCGCGUGGUCUCCCUCCUUCCAGCCAAGGACGGCGCGCGCACCGCCGUGCUCUCCUCGCGCUGGCGCGGCAUCUGGCGCUCCGCCCCGACCGUCCUCGUCGACACCCACCUCCUCCCCUCGGGAGACGGCGAGCGUCGGCCCGCCCGCGCCAGCGCCGUCUCGCGCGCAGUCACCGCCGCCGUCUCCGCCGUCCUCGAGUCGCAUCCUGGGCCAUUCCCCUUCGUUAGCCUCACCUGCAGCUUCAUGAUGGACGGCGCCCACAGCGGCCUGCUCGAGCGCUGGUUCCAGCUCCUCGCCACCAAAGGCGUCGACGAGCUCGUCUUCGUCAAUCGCUCCUGGCCCCCCUCCCGCGCCCUGCCGCUCCCUUCCUCGCUCUUCAGCUGCGCCUCCCUCUGCCGGCUCUUCAUCGGGGCCUGGGUGUUCCCGGACACCGCCGCCCUCCCACGCGGCACGGCCUUCCCCAACCUUCGUCACCUCGUUCUUGGCUGCGUCGCCAUCAAGGACUACGACCUGGAGUUCGUGCUCGCCGCCAGCCCCGUACUGGAGGUCCUCACGGUCACCGGAAGCCUCACACCGUUGCGUGCUCGUCUCACCAGCCACAGCCUACGGUGCGUGCAGCUCUGCUUGUCCACCCUCGAGGAGGUCGCCUUGGUGGACGCCCCGAGCCUAGAGCGUCUCUUCAUCUACAAAAAUUGGAACGAGCGCCAUGGUCUCAGCAAUGUUAAGACGACAGUCAAGAUUGGCCAUGCCCCUAAGCUGCGUGUGCUGGGAUACCUGGAGCCGGGAGUGCACGUGCUGCAGAUUAGCAACACCAUCAUCGAGGCUGGAACAAAGGCGAGUAUGCACACCACUGUGCCAAGUGUCCAGAUGUUGGCUGUGCAACUGCAGUUUGCAUUCUGCAGUGAAGUUGAGAUGCUUCCCAGCUUCCUCAGAUGCUUUCCUAGCGUUGAGACGUUGGUUGUCGAGUCUCGGGCACAUCGUGAAACCCUUAUCAACCUUCAUUUUAAGAUCUGGCAGCAGGCGAGUCCCAUUGAAUGUGUCCGGUCGCACCUCAAGACUCUGGCUUUCCAUGAGCUACAAGGGAAGCAUAAUGAGUUUGCUUUUCUUAAGUUCAUUGCGGAGAAUGCGCGGAGGCUGGAGAGGAUGUUCAUUUUGAUAAAAAAUGAACUAUCUUACACUGAGAGGCAAGUGGUGGCUGCCGGAGUAGGGUCUCUUUAUUGUGCUAACUGGGCCAGCAGAGACUGCAACGUUCAAUAUAAGAUCAGUAGCUUGCCUGUAGGAUGUAGUACCUGGAGCCUCCCAAGGGGAUCAGAUUUGUUCCUUGAUGAUCCUUUUGAAGCCUUCCGUGAAGAGUAG